ACACACUUUCUCUCUGUCUCUUCUCUCUCUUCUCUUUCUCUCCUUUCUCCCUCGUUUCUCUCUCCUCUCUUUGAGCCCUCUGAUCCUGGGACUCCUGAAGGCGCUUCCCCGACGGUCUGCAAGGCCCCGGGAGGGUAGCAGCCUCAGCCAGGUACAAACGGGAGACCGGAUCCCAGCUCUGGAGGAAGCUGGAAGGCAACGUGGAGGAAGCACCGCGCGCCUGCAGAGCAUGAGUACCCCAGAUUUUGGCCACACCCACCCCAGGUCCAACAGACUGGCCCAAAGGAGGACAGCUCGCAGCCAGAAAGCGUGACUGUCAGGUCUGGAUAACGGCUCCACAGCUCUGGUUUAUAGAGCACCGACCGUAUGCCAGGAGGAGGGCCGGCUAUGGAUGACUACAUGGAGACGCUGAAGGAUGAAGAGGAGGCCCUGUGGGAGAACGUGGAAUGCAACCGGCACAUGCUGAGCCGCUACAUCAACCCCGCCAAGCUCACCCCCUACCUGCGCCAGUGCAAGGUCAUCGACGAGCAGGAUGAGGACGAGGUGCUCAACGCGCCCAUGCUGCCGUCCAAGAUCAACCGGGCAGGCCGACUGUUGGACAUUCUUCACACCAAGGGCCAAAGAGGCUACGUGGUCUUCCUGGAGAGCCUGGAGUUUUACUACCCGGAACUUUAUAAGCUGGUGACGGGAAAGGAGCCCACCAGGAGAUUCUCCACCAUUGUGGUGGAGGAGGGCCAUGAGGGCCUGACGCACUUCCUGAUGAACGAGGUCAUCAAGCUGCAGCAGCAGGUGAAAGCCAAGGACCUUCAGCGCUGUGAGCUGCUGGCCAAGUCCCGGCAGCUGGAGGACGAGAAGAAGCAGCUGACGCUGACCCAGGUGGAGCUGCUGACCUUCCAGGAGCGGUACUACAAGAUGAAGGAGGAGCGGGACAGCUACAACGACGAGCUGGUCAAGGUCAAGGACGACAACUACAACAUAGCCAUGCGCUACGCCCAGCUCAGCGAGGAGAAAAACAUGGCGGUGAUGAGGAGCCGCGACCUCCAGCUCGAGAUCGACCAACUCAAGCACCGAUUAAACAAGAUGGAGGAGGAAUGUAAGCUGGAGAGAAACCAGUCCCUGAAGCUCAAGAAUGACAUUGAGAACCGGCCCAAGAAGGAGCAGGUGCUGGAGCUGGAGCGGGAGAAUGAGAUGCUGAAGACCAAGAUCCAGGAGCUGCAGUCCAUCAUCCAGGCUGGCAAGCGCAGCCUCCCUGACUCAGACAAGGCCAUCUUGGACAUCCUAGAGCAUGACCGGAAGGAGGCGCUAGAGGACCGGCAGGAACUGGUCAACAAAAUUUACAACUUACAAGAGGAAGUCCGCCAGGCAGAGGAGCUACGGGACAAGUACCUGGAGGAGAAGGAAGACCUGGAACUUAAGUGCUCAACGCUGGGGAAGGACUGUGAAAUGUACAAGCACCGCAUGAACACAGUUAUGCUGCAGCUGGAGGAGGUGGAGCGGGAGCGGGACCAGGCCUUCCACUCCCGAGAUGAGGCACAGACUCAGUACUCACAGUGCUUAAUCGAGAAGGACAAGUACCGGAAGCAGAUCCGGGAGCUGGAGGAGAAGAACGAUGAGAUGCGGAUUGAGAUGGUGCGGAGGGAGGCCUGCAUUGUCAACUUGGAGAGCAAGCUCCGGCGCCUGUCCAAGGACAGCGGCAGCCUUGACCAGAGUCUGCCUAGGCACCUUCCAGCCACCAUCAUCUCACAGAACUUUGGAGACACCAGCCCCAGGACCAAUGGCCAAGAAGCUGAUGAUUCUUCAACCUCAGAAGACUCUCCCGAAGACAGCAAGUACUUUCUGCCCUACCACCCACCCCGGCGUCGGAUGAACCUAAAGGGCAUCCAGCUGCAGAGAGCCAAAUCCCCCAUCAGCGUGAAGCAAGCACCUGAGUUUCAAGCCAAGGGACACGAAGAGGAUUUCACAGACGGCAGCCCCAGCUCCUCGCGCUCACUGCCUGUCACCAGCUCCUUCUCCAAGAUGCAGCCCCACCGGAGCCGCAGCAGCGUCAUGUCAAUCACCGCGGAGCCCCCGGGGAACGACUCCAUCGUCAGGCGCUGCAAGGAAGACGCGCCCCACCGAAGCACAAUGGAAGAGGACGGUGAGAGCUGCGGAUUUGACACCUUAGACCUUGACGAUGACAAUCACGAACGCUACUCCUUCGGACCCCCCUCCAUCCACUCUUCCUCCUCCUCACACCAGUCAGAGGGACUGGAUGCCUAUGACCUGGAGCAAGUCAACCUCAUGUUCCGGAAGUUCUCUUUAGAAAGGCCCUUCCGGCCGUCGGUCACAUCCGGCGGCCAUGUCCGGGGCUCUGGCCCCUUAGUGCAGCACACCACCCUAAACGGGGAUGGCCUCACCACCCAGCUGACCCUGCUGGGCGGCAAUGCACACGGGAUCUUCAUUCACGCUGUCAAGCCUGGCUCGCUGGCCGACAGGGCGGGACUACGUGAAGGCCAUCAACUACUGCUGCUAGAAGGCUGCAUCCGAGGCGAAAGGCAGAGCGUUCCUCUGGACACGUGCACAAAGGAGGAGGCCCUCUGGAGCAUCCAGAGGUGCAGCGGCCCCGUUACCCUGCACUACAGGGUCAACCACGAAGGAUACCGGAAGCUGCUGAAGGAGAUGGAGGACGGUGUGAUCACCUCGGGGGACUCGUUCUAUAUCCGCCUGAACCUGAACAUCUCCAGCCAGCUGGACGCCUGCUCCAUGUCCCUGAAGUGUGACGACGUGGUACAUGUCCUAGACACCAUGUACCAGGACAGGCAUGAGUGGCUGUGUGCGAGAGUCGACCCCUUCACAGACCAAGACCUGGACAUGGGCACCAUCCCCAGCUACAGCCGGGCUCAACAGCUUCUCCUGGUAAAGCUCCAGCGACUGGUUCACAGAGGCAGCCGGGAGGAAGCAGACAGCGCUCACCACACCCUGCGAAGCCUCAGGAACACCCUGCAGCCUGAAGAGCCGCUUUCAACCAGUGACCCCCGGGUUAGCCCCCGCCUCUCCAGGGCCAGUUUCUUCUUUGGGCAGCUCCUGCAGUUCGUCAGCCGGUCAGAAAACAAGUACAAGCGAAUGAACAGCAAUGAGCGUGUAAGAAUCAUUUCCGGGAGCCCCCUGGGGAGCCUCCCCCGGUCCUCACUGGAUGCCACCAAACUCCUGACCGAGAAACAAGAAGAACUGGACCCUGAGAACGAGCUCAGCCGGAACCUCACCCUGAUCCCCUACAGCCUAGUGCGCUCCUUCCACUGCGAACGCCGCCGGCCUGUGCUCUUCACGCCCACCAUGCUGGCCAAGACGCUGGUGCAGAAGCUACUCAACUCCGGGGGUGCCAUGGAGUUCACCAUCUGCAAGUCAGAUAUUGUCACAAGAGACGAGUUCCUCCGAAAGCAGAAGACAGAGACCAUCAUCUACUCCCGGGAAAAGAAUCCCAACACCUUCGAAUGCAUCGUCCCUGCCAACAUCGAGGCUGUAGCAGCCAAGAACAAACACUGCCUGCUGGAGGCCGGGAUCGGCUGCGUCCGUGACCUGAUCAAAUGUAAGGUGUACCCCAUCGUGCUGCUCAUCCGAGUGAGCGAGAAGAACAUCAAACGGUUCAGGAAGCUGCUGCCACGGCCGGAGACGGAGGAGGAAUUCCUGCGCGUGUGCAGGCUCAAGGAGAAGGAGCUGGAGGCCCUGCCCUGCCUCUACGCCACCGUGGAGGCUGAGAUGUGGGGCAGCGUGGAGGAGCUGCUGCGUGUCCUCAAGGACAAGAUCCUGGAGGAGCAGCGCAAGACCAUCUGGGUGGACGUGGACCAGCUGUGAGCCCGUCCGGGCGUGAGCAGUGGACGCAGACACGGGGGCCCUGCUGGGGUGGGCAGAGCCCUCGGCAGGGCCGGCAGAGCCUCCGAGGCCAGAGCGGCAGCUGGAAGCCAACGCUCGGGCAGGGACAGGCGACUACCUGCGAGGGGCAAGCCUCGGAAAGCCAGAGGGGCCGCGGGCCCUAGGGGAAGGCACAAAGCAUGCCUCCACACAGGCUGGGUCCAGGAGCCGGGACUCCCCCCGGGCCCUUCUUUUUCCGGCAAUAAAUUUUCUCAGUUCCUUGUUGGGGACGGAA